CGCCCCCGUCGUUCCCGCGGCGCCGCGCCUCGCUGGCUCCUCAGCUUCCAGCCAAAAUGGCGGAGAACAGCGAGAGUCUGGGCACCGUCCCCGAGCACGAGCGGAUCUUGCAGGAGAUCGAGAGCACCGACACCGCCUGUGUGGGGCCCACCCUCCGGUCUGUGUAUGAUGACCAACCAAAUGCGCACAAGAAGUUUAUGGAAAAGUUAGAUGCUUGUAUCCGUAAUCAUGACAAGGAAAUUGAAAAGAUGUGUAAUUUUCAUCAUCAGGGUUUUGUAGAUGCUAUUACAGAACUCCUUAAAGUAAGGACUGAUGCAGAAAAACUGAAGGUGCAAGUUACUGAUACCAACCGAAGGUUUCAAGAUGCUGGAAAAGAGGUGAUAGUCCACACAGAAGAUAUCAUUCGAUGUAGAAUUCAGCAGAGAAAUAUUACAACUGUAGUAGAAAAAUUGCAGUUAUGCCUUCCUGUGCUAGAAAUGUACAGUAAGCUGAAAGAACAGAUGAGUGCCAAAAGGUACUAUUCUGCCCUAAAAACUAUGGAACAAUUAGAGAAUGUGUACUUUCCCUGGGUUAGUCAAUACCGGUUUUGUCAGCUCAUGAUAGAAAAUCUUCCCAAACUCCGUGAGGAUAUUAAAGAAAUCUCCAUGUCUGAUCUAAAAGACUUUUUGGAAAGCAUUCGAAAACAUUCUGACAAAAUAGGUGAAACAGCAAUGAAACAGGCACAGCAUCAGAAAACCUUCAGUGUUUCUCUGCAGAAACAAAAUAAAAUGAAAUUUGGGAAGAAUAUGUAUAUAAAUCAUGACAGAAUUCCAGAGGAAAGGAAUGAAACUGUAUUGAAACAUUCACUUGAAGAAGAGGAUGAGAAUGAAGAAGAGGUCUUAACUGUUCAGGAUCUUGUCGAUUUUUCCCCUGUUUAUCGAUGUUUGCACAUUUAUUCUGUUUUGGGUGAUGAGGAAACAUUUGAAAACUAUUAUCGAAAACAAAGAAAGAAACAAGCAAGACUGGUAUUGCAACCCCAGUCGAAUAUGCAUGAAACAGUUGAUGGCUAUAGAAGAUAUUUCACUCAAAUUGUAGGGUUCUUUGUGGUAGAAGAUCACAUUUUACAUGUGACCCAAGGAUUAGUAACCAGGGCAUACACUGAUGAACUUUGGAACAUGGCCCUCUCAAAGAUAAUUGCUGUCCUUAGAGCUCAUUCAUCCUAUUGCACUGAUCCUGAUCUUGUUCUGGAGCUGAAGAAUCUUAUUGUAAUAUUUGCAGAUACUUUACAGGGUUAUGGUUUUCCAGUGAACCGACUUUUUGACCUUUUAUUUGAAAUAAGAGACCAAUACAAUGAAACACUGCUUAAGAAAUGGGCUGGAGUUUUCAGGGACAUUUUUGAAGAAGAUAAUUAUAGCCCCAUCCCUAUUGUCAAUGAAGAAGAAUAUAAAAUUGUCAUCAGCAAAUUUCCCUUUCAAGAUCCAGACCUUGAAAAGCAAUCUUUCCCAAAGAAAUUCCCCAUGUCUCAGUCAGUGCCUCAUAUUUACAUUCAAGUUAAAGAAUUUAUUUAUGCCAGCCUUAAAUUUUCAGAGUCACUACACCGGAGCUCAACAGAAAUAGACGAUAUGCUUAGAAAAUCAACAAAUCUGCUGCUGACCAGAACUUUGAGUAGCUGUUUACUGAACCUUAUUAGAAAACCUCAUAUAGGUUUGACAGAGCUGGUGCAAAUCAUCAUAAACACAACACACCUGGAACAAGCUUGUAAAUAUCUUGAGGACUUUAUAACUAACAUUACAAAUAUUUCCCAAGAAACUGUUCAUACUACAAGACUUUAUGGACUUUCUACUUUUAAGGAUGCUCGACAUGCAGCAGAAGGAGAAAUAUAUACCAAACUGAAUCAAAAAAUUGAUGAAUUUGUUCAGCUUGCUGAUUAUGACUGGACAAUGUCUGAGCCAGAUGGAAGAGCUAGUGGUUAUUUAAUGGACCUUAUAAAUUUUUUGAGAAGCAUCUUUCAAGUGUUUACUCAUUUGCCUGGGAAAGUUGCUCAGACAGCUUGCAUGUCAGCCUGCCAGCAUCUGUCAACAUCCUUAAUGCAGAUGUUACUGGACAGUGAGUUAAAACAAAUAAGCAUGGGAGCUGUUCAGCAGUUUAACUUAGAUGUCAUACAGUGUGAAUUGUUUGCCAGCUCUGAGCCUGUGCCAGGAUUCCAGGGGGAUACCCUGCAGCUAGCAUUCAUUGACCUCAGACAAUAGAGACGGGGUUUUCACAUGUUCACCAGGCUGGUUUCGAACUCCUGGCCUCAAGUGAUCCGCCUGCCUUGGCUUCCCAGAGUGCUGGGAUUACAGGUAUAAGCCACAGCGCCCAACCACCUGUGAUCCUAUUUUAAUCAAGUGUUUUAAACCUUUGAUAUUUGACAUACUUCCCCAAAUUUCAGAUUCUAAAAUUGUCUUUUUGAAUUCAAACUUUUGGAUAUUCCGGAAGGGGCCCCUGGAAGCUCAAGAGAGACAUAUUAGGGCUUAUUCGAUAUAAGGAAAUCAUAUGAGAAACAUUGUCAAAUAAGAAGUGGUAUUUAACUUGCUUUGAAUUAUAUUUAUACAAAUAUUCAUGUAUUCCAAAAUUAUAUUGGAUUCCUGAAAUUCUGAUGUCUUGAUAUAUGUUAUCAGUCAUAAUUAUUAUGUUAUUAUAUGUCACAAAAAUAACAAAAUUCCCUUGUCAGUUGGUGUCUUUUACCAUGGCUAUUUUCUUUUUUUUUUUUUUUUUUGAGGUAGAGUCUCACUCUUGUCACCAAAGCUGGAGUGCAGUGGCGCGAUCUCGGCUCACUGCAAACUCUGCCUCCCGGGUUCAAGCAAUUCUCCUGCCUCAGCCUCCCAAGUAGCUGGGACUACAGGCGUGUGCCACCAAGCCCAGCUAAUUUUUUUUGUAUUUUUAGUAGAGGUGGGGUUUCGCCAGGUUGGCCAGGCUGGUCUCAAACUCCUGACCUCAGGUGAGUCACCUGCCUCGGCCUCCCAAAGUGUUGGGAUUACAGAUGUGAGCCACUGCAUUCAGCCUAACCAUGGCUAUUCUAAGUCUUUUGUCAUCUACAGAAUAUUAAUUGUUUUUCUUUGAUUCUCCUCAAAAAGCAGUUUACAAUUGGCUACAGUCCAAAAUUUGCUUCUUGGCAUGCAGAGUUAUAUAAUGGACUCUGGAGACUCCAAAGGGGGAGAGUGGGAGAAGGGAUGAGGGAUAAAAACUACAUAUUGGGGGUUGGUCGCGGUGGCUCACACCUGUAAUCCUAGCACUUUGGGAGGCUGAGGCGGGUGGAUCAUGAGGUCAGGAGAUGGAAACCAUUUUGGCCAACACGGUGAAAUCCUGUCUCUUCUAAAAUACAAAAAAUUAACCAGGCAUGGUGGCAGGUUCCUGUAAUCCCAGCUACUUGGGGGGCUGAGGCAGGGGAAUCACUUGAACCUAAGAGAUGGAGGUUGCAGUGAGCCAAGAUCGUGCCAUUGCACCCCAGCCUGGCGACAGAGCAAGACUCUGUCUCAAACAAACAAACAGUACAUAUUGGGUACAAUGUAUACUACCUGGAUGAUGAAUACACUAAAAUCUCAGACUUCACCACUAUACGAUUCAUCCAUGUAACCAAAAACCACAUAUUUCAAAAGCUAUUGAAAUAAAAUAAAAGGCCAGGCAUGGUGGCUCAUGCCUAUAAUCCCAGCACUUUGGGAGGCUGAGGUGGGCAGAUCACGAGGUCAGGCGAUCGAGACCAUGCUGGCUAACACAGUGAAACCCUGUCUCUACUAAAAAUGCAAAAAUUAGCUGGGCGUGGUGGCGCACACCUGUAAUCCCAGUUACUCAGGAGGCUGAGGCAGGGGAAUCACUUGAACUUGGGAGGCAGAGGUUGCAGUGAGCCGAGAUUGCACCAUUGCACUCCAGCUUGGGCAACAAGAGUGAAACUCCGUCUCAAAAAAAUAAAUAAAAUAAAAAUAAAAAUUUUAAAAAAGAAAUACAUUCUUUAUGCAGACCAUCACAUAACCAUCUUUGACAUAAAUCACACUCCCCUAUAUGUAAAGAUUAAAUAAGACCUCAUAACCAACAGCAAUGUACAGACCAUGUUUACAUCUUAAUUUGAACAAACCAGUUAUAAAAAAAAAGGGAGGGGGCAGGUUUGAGAUAAUGAGGGAAAUAUGGAUAUUAGAUAUUUGGUAUUAAAUUAUUUUUAAAAGGUAUAAUAAUGACAUGGUGAAUAUGUUUUUAAAAUGCCUUACUAGAGGCAUAAUAAAAUAUUAUAGGUAAAAUGAAAAAGUACAUGUAUAUGAGUUAUACAUGUUUUCAAAAAACAUUAGAAUAUACAAAAAAGUAGAAAAAAUUACUCAUAGUCUUACUACCUAAACACAUCAUUAUUGGCAUUCUGUUUUAUUUCCUGCUGGUCUUUUUCUAUUAAUUUUUUUCCUCAUCCAUGCUCCUACCCUCACCAAAAUAUGAUUGCUGGCAUACUGUCCUCACAAUUCCUUCUUUGUAUUUCAGAUAGUGUUUGCCUCUUAAAUCUUAAAAAUGAACUUUUUUUUUUACCAGAUAUUUCAGAGCCAUAAAACCCAAAUAUAAUGUGUGUAACUUGUUUUGAUCCCAAUUCAGACAAAUCAAUGGGAGAAAGCAGGGAAAUGUAUUCUGUGGUUUGUUUUAAAAUACUUUAGAAAGAAAAAUUAUUGACAGUAGCUGAAUCUGGGAGGUGAGGAUGAUGGGUUUAUUGUGCUAUUUACUUUCAUGUAUGUUUGAAAUUUUUCACAAUAAAAAUAAAAAUAUUAAAGUAAAAAAAUAAAAGACGCUGACAAAUGCUCUUACAUACAGGUGUCUGGUAACUUUGAAAAUCGUACCACUGGACUAGGUAAAAAAACUUCCAGGACUCUAAUUAAAAAGCUGAUACAUUCAUAAAGAUUGCUAACCCAACAUCAAGCAAAACAAGAAUUACAUGGAACUGAACUGAUGGUGGACUAAAAUAAUUUUUUUAUUAUUUUAUUUUUAAAUGUUAAUCUAUGUAUUUAUUUAUUUUGAGACCAGGUUAUGAGACUGGCUAAUUUGUGUAUUUUUGGUAAAGAUGGAGUUUCACCAUGUUGCCCAGGCUAGUUUUGAAUUCCUGGGCUCAAGCAAUCCACCCACCUCAGCCUCCCAAAGUGCUGGGAUUACAGGCGUGAGCCACCGCACUUGGCCCAAAAUGAUUUUUUGUUCACUUUUUAUUUAAAACAUUGCUGAUUCUUUCUAUGUUUUGUUUUCCAGAGCCAAGAAAAUUUUUUCUUCUAAGCUAUUCAUAACUUACAGCAAUUAGUUAAAAUAUUCUUAUGAACAAAAUCAAAACAUUUACUUUUCUCUCUAGAUGAUUUCUCCAGAAUUUAGAAACUAUCCAUAACUAUUCUAGUUUUGUGACAAUCUAAUUAUUUACAUAAGUUCAAUAAGAAUCUUUUCUUUUGUAACAGGACACAUUGAAAACACUGGUUAUUUUACCAAGGAUUUGACUAAAAUGUCAUGUUUUCGUAUAUGACCAGACUGCUUUGAGGGAUUGAGGUUGACUUUAUAAAGCCAAUAAAGUUUAAAAAAAAAACAAAACAAAAAAGAGACUGGCCCUGUACCCUAUCCACACAGUUCCCUUAUAAUGUUCCUGACCUUGGGAUAAGUAAAAAAUGUCACGUUUCUGGCAGGCCUGAGAACCUCAAGAUACUUCGAGGACCUCAAAAAGAGAAAAUUUCACCCAGUUCAUACCGAAAUUAGAGGCACAGUCUGAUGGCAAAUGCUCAGCUUGCUUUCCUACCCUUGAGGCUUUUAAAAGUCUAAUCCAAAAUUCCUUAUUAAAAAUUCCAGUGAAGUCCAUUUUUAAAAAGUCCAUAGGUGAAUCACUAUUCUUGCUGCACUAUACAAAUAAUCAGGCCAAAUAUGGUAAGACUAAAAUUUAUUUUACAAAUAAAUUGGUCCUAGUAUAAUUUGUAUUUGAUUUUUUUAAAAGGGGUACUAGAAAAAAUAUAUAUUAAAGGAAAAACCAUAGUAUGCCUGUAUUAGAUUCUAGCCUUGUCCAUUAUUUUUGAGUUUUUAUUAUUUGCCUGCAAUUUAGACCAAAUCCUAAAUUCUUUUUUAGCUACAAGUCUCCCAACUAAUGUUUUCACAUUUUUCUCACUUAAAAUCACUAAAAAUUAAAACUGCUUUUCUUAAAGCCCUAAAGCUAGAACUUAAUAUAAACUUCAACAAAAAUCACCAGAGCAACUUACAUAUUAACAGCCUUUAUGCCUACAGAUAUAUGGCCUGUGCAAAAAGUUUGCUUGAAUACCUGAUUCAAACUAUAAUAAUAAUAAAAAAUCUGUCAAAUUGCCACUGCAACCUGAAGAUGCUUCAGAGACUCUAAUAAUUAGCUUAUAGACUACUCCAGACAUUGACCAUUGUUUUUCUUCUGUUUCUGUAGAGAUGCCUCUUAUUAAAAAUAUGUUUGCCUACCUUACAUGUAGAGGCCUAGCUUUGAAGGCCCAUCUGCAAUGCUGUCUCCUAAAAUAAGACACAGCUGUUUAAUUGGACUGGCCUAUUCCCCAAAAUAAGAGACUGAUUUGAUGAGAUCUUUUGCCAUUGAGUUACUAACUUUAUUUGUCUUUUCACAGCUACUGACUCAGCUUUUAAUAUGUGAAACUUCUAGGGAAGUUACAGACAGGGAAAUGUUGGGACUCAGAAACCAGUACUCUAAAAUACGGUGCUUUGACAUGCUGAACUGAAGAAGCAGCAUUGAGGUCUCUCUGACCUCCUUCCCACCCCCGCCCACUGCCCCACCAUCUCUCAAUACUUUGUCUCUCCCAAAGUACAGGAUAAAGUUGUUCUCUAAAAUUCCCUCAUCUGUUUGAAGUUUGGACCUGUCAAGGAAGACAACGGUUACCUCUGGUUCCUUCCCUUUGUAUUAGCUAAACUCAUGCAAGAAGAAAGACUGAAGUCUGUCAACACACCUGGACAGACUUUUGUCACAUAGGCUCAACAGACUUUGUCCCAGACCAUUGUAUGUUCUUCAUUCCCAUUAAGUUCCCCUAGAAAUCAUUCACUACCCUCCUAAAAUCAUCCACACUUUCCCCAUCUCCCUUUCCCAUAAGAAAAAAGAUACAGGGUCGGGCAUGGUGGCUCACACCUGUAAUCCCAGCACUUGGGAGGCUGAGGUAGGAGGAUCACUUGAAGCUGGGUGUCAAGACCAGUCUGGGCAACAUAGCAAGACCCUACCUCUAAAACAAAACAAAACAAAACAAACAAAAACAUGUAACCAUCUAUACCCCAUUGCAUAGUGGAAAAAUCACUCUGCGAUUCUCUCUCAUGCAUGCUAAUAAAUGUAUAUGGUAUUUCUCCUAUUAAUUUGCCUUUUGUUAAUUGAUGUUUCAGUUAAACUUCCAAGGGUGAGGGAGUUUUCCCUUUGUCCCUACAACUCUCAACUUCCAUUCCAGUUUACCAGAAGAGAUUCUUUCUGUUGACAGUAGAUCCAUUUCCUUUAGAAGGAGUUCCCUCUGUUGCAAUGCUGUUUCCCUGAACAAGGUGAUGUAAUAUUUAAAACAGGAUUCUUUAGCAAGUUGAAAACAGGAUUGAUUGUAUAUUCAUUUCCCAGUUAGUUUAAGGUCACUUAGUGGGGUAAGUUUCCUACUGGUGUAAGUUGCAAGGACAUAAACAUAUUCUCCAAUCCAAAGGACAGCUUUAAGAGGAGAUGAUUUGAGAAUAAUUCUCAUUAUAUAUGAAUAAUCUGUUUAUAGAAAAUUUGAAAUUUAUCAUGUGAUAUUUUCUCAGUUGUAUAUGAAUUUUUAUGGUGGUAAUUCGUUUAUGUGACGUUAACUGGUUUAUAUUUCAUUGUAGGAUUGUGAGUAGGACCACAUAGUUUAUGAAACUGUUCGUAAGGAUUCUGUUCCUUGAUUUUUCCAAAUAGCUAGAUGGUUGGUUUAAUGGAGAUUAAAACACUGAUCCCACGUACUUCCUUCCUUCAAAGAUAAUCAUCAUUUGACAGCAUAGAAGGCCUCUUUACAAGUAUAUAGCUCACUAGGGAAUCGUUACUAAGACAUACUUAUAAAUAUUAAUAAACAUCUCAAGUCAUUUUUGUUGAAUUUACUUUUCAAGUAUGUGCACUUAGAGGGCAUUAAGUCCUGGUUGACUUUUCCUCAUCAAUGUAAUCUAAGAGACUUCUAAGUUAAUUUAAAAAAUCUAUUAUGAAACAUGUAGAAUUGUGAAAUCUAUGAUGAUGUGUGUAGAAGUGUUAGAAUACAAGAUUUAUGUAGAAAUAACUAAAUAUAAAACAAUUUUUGAGAAUGGUAGUAAAUAUGCAGUGGAAGGGAUCAGUGGAUAGAAAAUUUUGGGUGAGUUAUUUUAUUACAUUUUAAUUUUUCUUGUUUUAAAAGGGGCUUAAAAUACUUUUUUCUGAUUAUUAUUGUCAAAAUUUAAUCAUAUUCUUCUUGGACUUUUGUAUUCCAAAAUAAGAAUAUGCAACUAAUUCUUUAGCUGCUAGAUCACUGUGGCAUGGCUUGAAUUUUAUUAUUUUAGCAGCUUGGACUUAAUAAAUUGAAAAAGAUAGAUAUUUUUCACCUAUAUUUGUUUUUUUGCUUAUAUUUGUUUUUGAAAUUAGUUUACAAAUAGUUAAGUGGUGAAAUGCCAAGUAUGGGGAAUUGGCAAAAAAUAAAAAUAAAACUGGUCUUGAAAAGUGAAGUCUCACAUGAGGUGAUAAAAGUUUUUUUUUUUUUAAUCAGAUGUUAGUGAUUAUUUAAAUAAGGAUGCUUUAAAGUUUCGAUAGGGCUUUUAUGUUCCUUACUUCAUAAAGCUAUUUCAUAGCAUAUUGCUUUAAUACUUUUAUAUGAAGUAGUAUACCACCAAACGUAAAGGGGUUGCUCACACCUUUAUUUACAUUUCAGUUGGGGUUCUGCACUUUUCCUUCUUUUUUUUUUUUUUCAGUCUGUGAUCCAUUUCUGUCUUAAUAGGGUGGUUGACAGUUCUUUUCAAGCAUACUUAGAAAGGCAAAAGAGCCCUUUUCAUAGUACUUAUAAGGGGUCAUGCUUCUGUUUUUUAGUUUGAAUUUGAUACUGCUUCAUGAGUUGCUCUGAAAGAUUAGGAAGUAGGUCCAGUGGUCAGAUUUUACCUGCCCACCCGGACUUUGCCCUGAGGUCAAACUCCUGAUAUUUGCUGUUCUGAAUAGAGGAGCUGAUGACAAGUAUGAGCUGAUACAAGAGGAAAGUUAGAACCAUAUCAAAGCUGAAGGCAAGAGAAUUGGGACUCUAUGAGAGACUAGCUAAAAGAUGGAUCAUCGGGAUUGCCCUCUUCUAAGGAAAAGGAAAUAGCUGACCUGAGAGUGAAAAGACUUUAUCAUCCUGCCAAUCACAUACUUGCUAAUGGAAGCCAGUUAUCUCAACAACAUCUUAAGUCCUACUGCUCUAGUAGACAAUGUGGAGGAUUAGCGGUACUGGUGCCACAUUAUGUGAAUAUGCUGCCUGCAUCAAUUUAAAUGAGCUUUGUGAAUAUGAUUUGUUCGAGUAAAUUUUUUUUUACAAGUAAAGCCUAUCAUCCUGUUACCCCCUAUUCUGAAAUUAAGUUGCUAAAUGAUGAAGGACUUUAUAUACUUAUUUGUGCCUGUUUUCAUUUACAAAGACUGUAUGUUUUGUUAAAUAUAAUCUUUCAAGUGGAUUUCAGAUGAAUAUGUGAAAUUCUUUUGGCAAUAUAUGAAAACUUAAAAAAAUUUAAACUAUAUUAAGAUUCUUUGUAUAAUAUGCAGUAUUCAGUGAUAAUUUUUUAUAACUUAUUAUUUUUUAAUAACUCAUUCUUAAUAUAUAGAAAUAUUUCACUAAAUAUCACUGGGAAAUGAGGUGUCACAUAUAACUGAAUUUUCCAGGUGACCAAAGAUGAUUUUUUAAUCGCCAAAGCUUUUUAAAUAUAGCCAUUUUGAUGGAAAACUUUAAAGAAGGUGUCUCUCACUUUCAUAUCUUCUAAUGGCAUAUAAUUUCCACAGUAGAUUGAGCAUCCAUUGCUUCACUAAUACUAUACUAAAUCCUCUUUAACUGAUCCUGUUGCAUUUUGUGAGAAGUUACUUACACUGUUAAGAUAUCAUUAUUUCAUUUGAUGGUAUCUUGAUAAUCUUUUAGAAAAUAUGGAGAAGUUUAGGUAGGUCAAAUGAUAAAGCAGUAAGGUGGGUUUCAAGCUAAUGAAACAAUCCUUUGCCCAAAGAAUGCUGGCUGAUGUAUUGUUACCACCCUAGAGCUUCAUUUCCCAAAGGAUCUUUCCAGAACACUGACUUCUCAAGAUGAGAAAAGGUUUCCAAGUCAGAUAAGUUUGGGAAGCACUUUAUAUUUUAAACCCUCUUAGAGACCAUUUUUAUUAGAAUUUCAUUUUAUUUUAAUUUUUUGGAGACAUGAUUUCACUCUGUUGCCCAGGCUGCAGUACAGUGGCACAGUCUUGCCUCACUGCAACCCCUGCCUCCCGGGUUCAAGCGAUUUUCCUGCCUCAGCCUCCCGAGUAGCUGGGAUUACAGGUGCACACCACCACACCUGGCCUGGCUAAGACAGGGUUCCACCAUGUUGGCCAGGCUGGUCACGAACUCCUGACCUCAGGUGAUCCACCCAGCUAGGCCUCCCAAAGUCCGGGAUUAUAGGUGUAAGCCACCGUGCCUGGCCUUUUAUUAGAAUUUUAAAGAUAGGAAUUCUGCAGUAACCCAGCAUUCCCAAACUCAUUACAGGGCACCUCCCUCAUUCAUUUUAGGGUUUAUUACAUGAAACAUCCUUUGGCAAAUGCUUUAAGGAAGAUGCUGGCAGUGCCCUCUAAAUGUCUUUCUUUGACAGUUUGGGAUCAACAGUUUUCUUUUCUCUUUUUUUCCUAGAAAGCCCAACCAGCAGGGAUCAACAUAUUUUUAAAAUAAUAAUUUGAGUUAAGACAUAGAAAAAAUACAGAUUGUAUGUGUAGAUUGUAUGAAGCCAGGAGAGUUACCCAAGAUGACAGGAGACAGAAUCAAAGUAUUCUCAGUAGGCUUGAGUGAUGAGCCAAAGCCAACAAAGUUAAAUUUAGUAAGAAAAAUAUUAAGUCUAUGUUUAACUUUUUAAAAAAUAAAUUUUUUAAAUUUCAGGUUGUAGGAAAUCUGAUUUAUAAUGUGAAAAAGAUCUGGUAGUUUAGUUAACCUCCAUGAACAAAUUGUGUGAUGGUAAUUCCUAGACUGCAUUCAUGACAUGGUGGUAUUUGGGUUAGACCACUGUGCUUUGGGGCUGUUAAGACUAUGCCUGUGUAUUGCAUGAUGUCAUAGACACUCACAAAUUGGAGAGCACCUAAAAAGAGAGUUACAAGGCUAGUGAGGGAUGAGAUACCUGGUCAUAUGAGAAGCCGUUUUUAAAUUUUUGGACAUUUAAUUUAAAGCUUAGAAGUGUAGCUUUGCAGAGGAAUAUAAAAUAGGUUUUUAUUGGGCUAGCUAUAUGAGUCAAGUGUACUAUUUUCUUCUUCCAAAUAUAAUCCUAUGCCACAAUAAUAAUUUACUUAACCCAUUCAGGAUUAGGUCUUGUUUUCAAGUAUUUAAUUUAUUUCAAGUAUUUUAAUUUUGGGCAAACUAGAGAAAAGAGGAGUGGUCAUUCCUUUGAAUGAUAUGUAGGAAAUUUGAAAGAGAAUUUUAAAUGUGCAAAAUAUAUGUGGAUCUCAUAGCACUUUUCAAAUAAAUGUUUUAUUAAAGUACAUUAUGCAUUUGGGCAAAUCAUAUGUAUACUGCUACUGAUUUUUCACCAGGUGACUACAUCUAUAGAACACAUAGAUCAAGAAAGAGAACUUGACCAGUACCUCAAAGGAGAGCCCCCACCCCACACUGUGCCUCUUUCUAGUCAUUCUUCUCCUCCCUCUCAAAGAUAACCACUAUCAUGACUUUUAACACCAAAGAUAAAAGUAGCCUGAGUUUUAACUUUGUAUACACCAAAUCAUGCAGGAUAACUUUUGGUUCUGCUUUCUUUUGCUCAUUGUCUUUGAAAUUUAUCCAUGUUGUUACAUAUAGCUGUGGUUCAUUCACUCCCUUUGUUGUGUAGUCUGCCCUUGUACAAAUAUACUGUAAUUUAUGUAUACGUUCUGCUCUUGGUAGACAUAUGAACUGAUUCCAGUUUUGCUGUUACAGUAGUACUAACAUGAUCAUUCUUUUACAUGUCUUUUGGUAAACAUAUGCACACAUUUCCGUUUGAGUGUUUACCUAGGAGUGGAAUUGCUGAGUCAGGGGGGUGUAUACACAUGAUCAGUUUUAAUAGAUACUGUGAAGCAUUUGUUGCUAGUUUAUACUUCAGCCAUCAGUGUAGAGAAGUUCUAGCUGUUCUGCAUCCCUGUUAUCACUUGGUAUUGUCUGUCUCUUCCUUUUUAGCCAUUCCAGUGGCCGUGUGGUAGUUUUACACUGUGAUUUUAACAUACAGGCAUACCUUGCUUUAUUGUGCUUUGCUUUGUUGCGAUUCACAGAUAAUGUGAUUUUUACAAAUCUAAGGUUUGUGAUACUGCUGCAUCCUGGAAGUCUUUCAGUACCGUUUUUCUAACAGCAUAUGGUCACUUAGUAUCCUUGGUCACAUUUUGUAAUUCUCACAGUAUUUCAAACUUUUUCAUUAUUACUAUGUCCGUUUUUGAUCUGUGAUCAAUGGUCUUUGAUGUUACCACUGUAAUUGUUUUGCGGUGCAUGAACCACACCCAUAUAAGAUGAUGAACUUAAUCAAUAAACGUGUGUGUUCUGACUGCUCUACCAACCAGCUGUUCCCGUCUCUUCCUCUCCUGGAGCCUCCCUAUUCCCUAAGAGGUAACAAUAUUGAAAUUAGGCUAAUUAACGAUCCUACAGUGGCCUCUAAGUGUUCAAGUGAAUGGAAGAGUCACAUGUCUCUCACAAAAGCUAGAAAUGAUUAACUUAAUGAGGAAAGCAUGUCGAAAACUGAUAGACCAAAAGCAAGGCCUCUUGCACCAAACAGCCAAGGUGUGAAUACAAAGAAAUAAUUAUUGAAGGAAAUUAAAAGUGCUACUCCAGUGAACACAAGAUUGAUAUGAGAGCAAAAUAGCCUCAUUGCUGAUAUGGAGAAAGUCCGAGUGUUCUGGAUAAAAAUCAAACCAGCCACAGCAUUCCCUUGAGCCAAAGUAUAAUCCAGAGCAAGGAGGGCCUAACUCUGUUCAAGUGAGGAAGUGAGGAAGUGAGGAAGUGAGGAAGCUGCAGAUGAAAAGUUUGAAGGUAGCUGAGGUUGGUUCAUGAGGUUUAAGGAAAGAAGCCAUCUCCAUAACAUAAACGUGCAAGAUGAAGCAGCAAGUGCUAAUGGAGAAGCUACAGCAAGUAAUUUAUCCAGAAGAUCUAACUAAGAUAAUUGAUGAAGUGGCUACACUAAGCAAGAGAUUUUCAACGUAGAUCAGACAACCUUCUAUUGGAAAAAGGUAUCAACUAUGACUUUCAUAACUAGAGAAGAGAAGGAAAUACUUGGCUUUAAAGUUUCAAAGGACAUUCAGACUGUCUUGUUAGGGACUAAUGCAUCUGGUGACUUUAAGUUGAAGCCAGUAUUCAAUGACCAUUCCAAAAACCCAAGGGCCCUUAAGAAUUGUUACAUCUGCCUGUGCUCUAUAAAUGGAACAACAAAGCCUGGGUGAUAGCACAUCUAUUUAUAGCAUGGUUUGUUGAAUACUUUAAGCACACUGUUGAGACCUCCUGCUCAGAAGAAAAGAAUCCUUUCAAAAUAUUACUGCUUAUUAACAAUGGACUUUAUCACUCAAGAACGCUGAUGGAUAUGUACAAGGAAAUAAAUGUUUUCAUGCCUGCUAACACAGCAUUCAUUCUGCAGCCCAUGGAUCAAGUAAUGAUUUCAACUUUGAAGUCUUAUUAUUUAAAAAUACAUUUUGAAAGGCUACAGCUACCAUAGAAUAGUUCCUCUGAUGGGUCUGGGCAAAGUCAACUGAAAGCCUUCUGGAAAGAAUUCACCAUUCUAAAUGCCAUUAAAGACAUUUGUGAUUGGUCGUGGCUCACCCCUGUAAUCCCAACACUUUGGGAGGCCAAGGUGGGAGGACUGCUUGAGGCUGGGAGUUUGAGACCAACCUGGAAAACAUAAGGAGAUGCUGUCAUAUGUUAUUUUUUAAAAAAUUAGCCAGGCAUGGUGGUGCUUGCCUGUAAUCCCAGCUACUCUGGAGGCUAGGUGGGAGGAUCACUUGAGCCCUGAAGGUGGAGACUUCAGUGAGCUGUGAUCGUGCCACUCCACUCCAGCCUGGGCAACAGAGCAAGACCCUGUCUCAAAAAAAAGAAAAAAGUUUCCAAUCCUCAUGGAUGAUUUUGAGGGGUUGAAGACUUCAGUGGAGGAACUAACUGCAGAAGUUGUGGAAAUACCAAGAAAACUAGAACUGGAGCCUGAAAAUGUGACUGAGUUGCUAAAAUCUCAUGAUAAAAUUUGAAUGGAUGAGGUAUUACUUCUAACAGAUAAGCAGGGAAAGUGUUUUUUUGAGAUGGAAUCUACCCCUGGUGAAGAGGCUGAGAACAUUGUUGAAAUGACAACAAAGAAUUUAGAAUAUGCUGGAUGUGGUGGCUCACGCCUGUAAUCCGAGCACUUUGGGAGGCCGAGGCAGGCAGAUCACCUGAGGUCGGGAGAUCAGGACCAGCCUGACCAACAUGGAGAAACCCUGUCUCUACUAAAAAUACAAAAUUAGUCGGACGUGGUGGCAUAUGCCUGUAAUCCUAGCUACUUGGGAGACUGAGGCAGGAGAAUCACUUGAACCUGGGAGGCGGAGGUUGUGGUGAGCUGAGAUUGUGCCAUUGCACUCCAGCCUGAGUAACAAGAGUGAAACUCCAUCUCAAAAAAAAAAAAAAAAGAAGAAUUAAGAAUAUUACAUAAACUUAGUUGAUUAAGAAGUGGCAGAAUUUGAAAGGAUUGACUCCAAUUUUGAAAGAUGUUCUACUCUGGGUAAAACGCUGCCAAACAGUAUCCAUGCUUCAGAGAUAUCUUUUGUGAAAGGAAGAGUCAAUUGAUGCAGUAAAUUUCAUUGUUGUCUUUUUUUAAGAUAUUGGCAUAGCCACCUCAGCCUUCAGCAAUUACCACCCGAAUGAGUCAGCAGCCAUCCACACUGAGGCAAGAGUCUCCACCAGCAAAAACAUUACAACUGGCUGAAGGCUCAAAUGAUCAUUAGCAUUUUUUUCGUAGUAAAGUACAUUUAAUUAGGGUGUGUACAUUGUUUUUUCAGACAUGCUAUUGCACACUUAAUAGACUAUAGUGUAAACAUAACUUUCAUUUACACUGGGUAACCAAAAAAUUUGUGUCACUCACUUUAUUGUGAUAAUCAUUUUAUCGAGGUUGUCUGGAACCAGACAUACAGUAUCUCCGAAGUAUGCUUGUUUAUUUCUUGAUGACUUAUAAAAUUGAAUUUUUUUUCAUCCAUGUAUUUGCCAUUUGAAUGUUCUCUUUUGUGAAUAACCUGCCGAGAUUUGAGGCUAUUUUUCUCUAUUGGCUUGUCUAUGUCUGACUGAUUUAUAGAAUUUCUUUGUAUAUUCUGAAUGGGAGUUCUUUAUCAGGUCUAUGUAUUGUAAAUGUCUUCUACUCUGUUGCUUGUCUGUUCACUCUUAAUAGUGUCUUUUGAUGAGGAGAAGUUCAUAAUAGUAAUGAAAUCCAGUUUAUUAUUUUUUAUGAUUCUUUUAAUGUCCUGUUUAAGAAAUCUUUGCCUACCCCUGACAUCAUAAAGAUAUUUUCCUUUGUUUUCUUCUGCAAUUUUAUUGUUUUACCACUCAUAUUUAAGUUUAUAAUCCAUCCAAAGUUGAUUUUUAUGCAUAGUUUGGGAUGUAAAGUUCAAGAUUCAUUUUGUUCUAUAUGGUUAUUCAAUUGACCUAGCAUCAUUUAUUGAAAAUAAAUGGAUCUCAUAGUGUUUUUCUUUUUUUUUUUUUUUCUUUGAGGUGGAGUUUCGCUCUUGUUGCCCAGGCUGGAGUUCAAUGGCAUGAUCUUGGCUCACCACAACCUCUGCCUCCCAGGUUCAAGUGAUUCUCCUGCCUCAGCCCCCCUGAGUAGCUGGGAUUACAGGCAUGUGCCACCACGCCCGGCUAACUUUGUAUUUUUAGGAAAGACAGGGUUCCUCCGUGUUGGUCAGGCUGGUCUCGAACUCCCAACUGCAGGUGAUCCACCUGCCUCAGCCUCCCAAAGUGCUGAGAUUACAGGCCUGAGCCACCGCGACUAGCCUAGUUUUUUGUAUUUUUAGUAGAGAUGGGGUUUUGCCAUGUUGCCCAGGCUGGUCUCAGACUCCUGAGCUCAGGCAGUCUGCCCACCUGAGCUCAGGCAAUCUGCCUGCCUCGACCUCCCAAAGUGCUAGGAUUAUAGGCGUGAGCCACUGCGCCCAGCAAAAAAAUGGUAAAUUUUCAAAAAUAAUUUGAACUUCUAAAAAAAGCAUUCAGAUAAUUUUAUGAAGGAUGAUAAUUACUAGAGAAUUAAUGCUGCUUAGAUGCAGUAAACCAGUCAGUCAUACAGAAUAACUUGUUUUUAAGAAGCAUGAACAGUAACAUAGGAUUCCUUGUGAAGAAUGAAAAGAUUUAAUUGAGAAAUUAAAAUACCAGCUCAUGUAGAGUUCAAAUCCUAACAGUUGUUAGAUUCCUUAGUGACUCAUCAAGGCUGUUGUUACUGAGCCACAGUCUGCAAGUAUGCAGAGAAGGUAGGCAGUCUCCAAGUAUGGAGAAAAAUAA